GUUCUCGCGGCGGCUAUUUCAUCUGUCCUGGGCUUGGGCCACCGGAUGAGAGGCUCCGGAGCACUAUGUCAUAUACGAGGUGACGGGAGAGAAAGCGUUUCCCCCCUGCACAGGGGCAGGUCUGAGGCUGGGCAGUGUCGCCGCCCAGUGUCACCCAUCGCUGGGGCUGGGCUGGGGACGACGGAUCCCGGAUUCCCGCCCUGUCGCCCGCUGCUCUCGGCCACACUCCGCCUGCAGGCUCCGAUGGCGGCGGCUGCGCUGUUGGACCUGGCGCAGGAAUCGGUGACCUUUGAGGAUGUGGCCUGACCUUCAGUUGGAGGUCCUGGCUCAGAGGACGGAGCCUAAAGGACCCUGUACCAGGAGGUGAUGCUGCAGACCUAGACAGCCUGCUCUCACUGGGUGGAUAGAAUGGAGAUGACAACUAGGGAAACCCUGAAAGCCAGAAACUCAAUAUGGCAGAACCUCCAUUAGCCAGAGAUUCCAAAAGACUCUGUGGAGGAAGGCAGCCCCCUGAGCUCUUCACCUGUCCUCUACUUUUAUGCAUGUCACAUACUGUGGCUGGCAGCUUCUACCUCCUGCUUCUUGGAAGCCAGACAGCAGUAGGGAGUGUGACUAACCUGAGAAUGAUGCGCUGUGAUGAAACCCUAGACCACAUGGAGAGACUGACAGCUCCCAGCUUUUCCAACGACCCCAACCCAGGAACCAGACAUUCGAGUGAAGAAGCCUACAGUUGAUCCCACUCAUGGCAUUUGAUGGCACCCUGGUGAGAACCACUCACCUGAGCUCACUCAACACUAAGAACUGUCAGAAAUAGGUAACCUGCUCAGAGAAGGGGCAGAGGUGGUGACAGCAAAUCCUUGGGCUCAAUAAGAAGGCAGUGGCAAUAGCAACAGAGGAGGAUGACCCCUACCCAGGCCAGGCUGAGUCUGGAACUCUCGGAGUAUCUGGAGUGCACCCCUGGCCUGCUCCCUGAACAGCCACAACUCUUUUCUAUGGCCUGAGCUUUUAUGACAGUUCUGGAAGCCAGAUGCCCAAGAUCAGUUUCACUGGGCUGAAAUCAAGGUGCCAGAAGGGGCGCGUUUUCUCUGGAGACUCUGGGGUAUAGAAUCCAUUCCUGGCCUCUUCCAGCUUCCGGUAGCUGCUGCCACUCCUUGGCUUGGGGCGACAUGACUGCAAUCUUCAAGGUCUGUGAGUUCAAAUCGCCCACCCUCCUGCCAGCUGCCCACAACACAAGUCAUGUCUCACAGUCAGAAGAGCGAGCACUGCAAGCUUGAGGAAGACCUUCAGGACCCAAGAGAGGCACAAGGCCUGGAAAGUUUGCAGGCUCCCAUGGCUGAGGAGGAAGCCACCACCACCACCUCCUCCUCUCUCUCUCCUCUGGUCCAGGGCACCCCAGAGGCGAUGCCUGCUGCUGGAAUGCCAAGUGUUCCCCAGAGUUCCCAGAGAGCCUGCUCCUCCCCCACUGCCAUAAUAGCCACUCCAUCGAGUCAAUCUGAUGAGAGCUCCAGAAGCCAAGAAGAGGAGGGGCCCAGCACCCCGCAGCCUCCAGCACACCCCGAGUCCUUGCUCACUGAUGUGCUACACAAGAAGGUGGCUGAAUUGGUGCAGUUCCUGACUGAAAAGUAUAUAACAAAGGAGCCCAUCACGAAGGCAGAAAUGCUGAAAAGCAUCCUCAAAGAGCACAGGGACCACUUCCCUGUGGUCUUCAAGAAAGUCUGUGAGUGCAUGGAGGUUGUCUUUGGCAUUGAAGUGAAGGAAAUGGACCCCACCAGCCAUUCCUACGUGCUCGUCAAAACACUAGACCUCACCUACGAUGGGAUGCUGAGUGAUGACCAAGGCAUGCCCAAGACUGGCCUCCUGAUACUUAUCCUGGGCAUAAUCUUCAUGGAGGGCAACCGUGCCCCUGAGGAAAAAAUCUGGGAAGUGCUGAAUAUGAUGGGAGUGUUUGCUGGGAAGAAAGAUUUCAUCUAUGGAGAGCCCAGGAAGCUCAUCACCAAAGAUUUAGUGCAGGAGAAGUACCUGGAGUACAGGCAGGUGCCCAACAGCGAUCCUGCUCGCUACGAGUUCCUGUGGGGUCCCAGGGCCCACGCUGAAACCACCAAGAUGAAAGUCCUGCAGUUUUUUGCCAAGAUCAGUGGGACUGACCCCGCUUCCUUCCCUUACUGGUAUGAAGAAGCUUUGAGAGAUGAGAGAGAGCGAGCCCAAGCUGGAGUUGCCGUGGAUGAUACUACUGCCAUGGCCAGUGUAAGUUCCAGUGUCAUGUCCAGCAGCUUCUCCUGCCCUGAGUGAAGUCUGAAGAAGAUUCUUCACUCUUCAUUGGAAGACAACGGCCAAAGAUCUAAGUUGUGGAGGGCCAGGCUGGAUCUGGAGGGAACACAGUACGUUAUAACAUCUUUGUGUUCCUUUUCAAUAUGAGUGAUUUGGAGAUUUAUCUUUUUGUUUAUUUGUCUGUUUGUUUUCAAAUGUCGUUCCUUGUAAUAAAAAGUUUAAUUAGCUUCAGAAUCUAAGUUUAUGAAUGACAGUGGUCACACAUUUAUAGCCAUUUGUCGGGGUUAAGAAUAAGAGUUUUGCAAUUUUGCAAAAGAAGUUGGGAAAUCACCCUUUUUUUGUGAUCUGGAACAAGAUAACAUGGCAUUAGAAUAGGAAUUUCCUUGGAAAUGUGAAAGAACCCAGCAGUAAAAUAUAAGGUUUCUAGGAACAGAGGAAAAAAAACAUAAAGGUUGGGUAAUUUUGAGGUUCAUUUAUUCCUUUUAGUCUGUCAUUCUGUAAAAUUAAAUUAUAUAUAUUUGCUUGGCUUAUUCAAGAAUAUAGGAGAAAUUAAAUCUUAAAUGAAAUCUCUUUCU